UGUGGUCCAAUGGCUGUGCGUUGUCCUGGAGGGGUGUGUCUGACUGAAGAUGAGAGAUGUGAUGGAAAAUUGCAGUGCUCUGAUGGCAGUGAUGAACCCUCUACCUGUGGGAGGACCUGUUCAGAAGAGAACGGUGGCUGCAGUCACUCCUGUGUGGAUAAGCCCUGGGGAGCCCUCUGCUCCUGUCCUAAAGGCCAUAGGCUAUCUGCUGACGGAGCCUCCUGUCUGGAUGUGGAUGAAUGCGCUCUGCCUUACGGUCCAUGCAUGCACUUCUGUGUCAACACACCCGGGUCCUUCUACUGCCACUGCAGAGAUGGCUUCCAGCUUCAAGGAACCACCUACUGCUAUUCUAAAGGAAAUUCUACAAAGUUUCUGACUGCAACGAAGGGAACUAUCGGAUUCCUGAAUCUGAAGACUCUGAGAUUCGAGUCCAUUCAGAGUAUUGGCUAUGAUCCUCUGGCCUUGGCCUUUGACCUCUCCAGGAGCUCAUUCUACUGGGCUGAUGACCAGGGGAACAUCUACAAGGCUAAGGAGCAGCAGCGCAGGAUACUUUAUCAUGGACAAUAUGGGGUUAGAAGUCUAGUCUGUGAUUGGCUGACAGGCCAGCUGUACUGGACCAACCAGAAGACCCGGUCUAUUCAUGUUGGAGCAGCUGAUGGGAGUGGAUUUGCAACGGUCUUGGCCAAGAACAUAGACCCUUUGGAGCUGGUCCUUCUUCCCAUUGAAAGCUUGUUGUUUUGGAUCAACAAAGGUCCAGGUGAUAAAAUUACUCUGGAGAGAUCUGGGAUGGAUGGGUUAAAGCAGGAAUCUCUGGUGGUCCUCACUGCACAGGCUCCACGGAGUCUGACCCUGGACGUUACAGCUCGGAGGCUGUACUGGAUGAGUGAUUUUAAAAAGUCCAUAGAGACUGUGCGAGUGGAUGGGAGUGGUCGCUACAGCUUUCUGGAGUUCUUUAAGAGGAGACUAGCUCAGAGCCUGGCGGUGUUUGACAGAUGGUUCUACUGGACAGAUCAGAAGGGUCUGUGGCGCUCCCCUCAGGACCAACCUAAUCAGAAGAACUUUAUUCAGAGGACAACACUCCCUGUCCUAGAGGCAUACCAUGAACAACAGCAGCCAAAAGCUCCAUCAGCCUGUGUUAUGUCUGGCUGCCAGCUCUGCAUGCUGACUCUGGACCUGCCUGCUGGGUUCACCUGUACCUGUCCUGAUGACAAACUGCUCGUGGCAGAUGGCUCAUGUGAAUAUCCCAGGUUUGCUUAUGCAACAUCCACAACACUGAACCUGUUUGAGUUGAAAGGGAAGGAGCUGAUCAAGACCAAACUGCUGACUACGGAUGACGUCAUGGAGUCUUUUGACAUCGACUGGAGGGGGGACUGGGUCUACUGGGCGAACAGCACUGGUCAUGUGAUGCGCUGGAACCUCAAUACCGGCCAAACAGAGACUGUCCCUACGCUGAGACCAGCCUGCGUGGUGGCAGUAGACCAGAAGAUGAGAAAUCUGUACUGGCUGUCAUGUGAUGAAGUCUGUGUUGGAGUCACUAACAUGGAUCAGGGUUACCCACGGAGACUGUACCAGUCAGGCAGUGAGGUAAGAGAUGUUUAUCUGGACUGGCAGCGGGGGAGGCUGUACUUGCUGGAGGCUGGCUGGAUCCUAUCCAUGAGACUGCCAGGAGGAAACCCUAGGAAAGUCCUGAGAGUGGAGGGACACGUCGCUGGGCGCAUUGUUUUGGACCUACAAUCUAACACACUGCUCUGGAACACAGAGGGGGAUGAUCUGAACAUCAUGAGUCUGUUGAAGUCGCAGACUCACCUGGCAGGCAGAGAGUGGAAUGUCCCUGGUUCCAUCAUGGCCGCUCACUCUCCGCUCCUGGUGUCGCUGUUUAAUGAUGUCAUCACUGUGUGGGACAGACGGGACAGGAGGCGUGUCCACGAUGUCCCUGUCGGGCCAGGCGUUGUCAGGGUGAUCGUGGCUCUGGAUGUAAAGGAAGUGCCUCCUGCUCAGCCAGUCUGUACCAGUCCAUCAGUGAUGUGUCGGGGCUCAACUUUGUGCAUCUCCCAAACUCAGCUGUGUGACACAUUGAAAGACUGCCCUGAUGGUUUUGAUGAGGAGUCCUGCAUUGCUAAAUGUCCAAACCGAGGUGAGUUCCGGUGUAAGGACAGGAGGAAAUGUAUUGAGAGGAGUCUGGUUUGUGAUGGACGCGCUCAUUGCCAUGAUGGCUCAGAUGAGAUUGGCUGUCCAACGAUAGCUGCUCCAACAUCCCAAACUGCGCCCCUGAAGUGCCGUAUGGGUUCCAGACUGUGCAAGGAUGGGAGAGAGUGUGUCCUGCAUAGCCAUGUUUGUGAUGGAGAGGUGGACUGUAAGGAUGGAUCAGAUGAACAGGACUGUGGUGAUAUUCUUCCUGCUCAGCCAGUCUGUACCAGUCCAUCAGUGAGGUGUCGGGGCUCAACUUUGUGCAUCUCCCAAACUCAGCUGUGUGACACAUUGAGAGACUGCCCUGAUGGUUUUGAUGAGGAGUCCUGCAUUACUAAAUGUCCAAACCGAGGUGAGUUCCGGUGUAAGGACAGGAGGAAAUGUAUUGAGAGGAGUCUGGUUUGUGAUGGACGUGCUCAUUGCCAUGAUGGCUCAGAUGAGAUUGGCUGUCCAACGAUAGCUGCUCCAACAUCCCAAACUGCGCCCCUGAAGUGCCGUAUGGGUUCCAGACUGUGCAAGGAUGGGAGAGAGUGUGUCCUGCAUAGCCAUGUUUGUGAUGGAGAGGUGGACUGUAAGGAUGGAUCAGAUGAACAGGACUGUGGUGAUAUUCUUCCUGCUCAGCCAGUCUGUACCAGUCCAUCAGUGAGGUGUCGGGGCUCAACUUUGUGCAUCUCCCAAACUCAGCUGUGUGACACAUUGAGAGACUGCCCUGAUGGUUUUGAUGAGGAGUCCUGCAUUACUAAAUGUCCAAACCGAGGUGAGUUCCGGUGUAAGGACAGGAGGAAAUGUAUUGAGAGGAGUCUGGUUUGUGAUGGACGCGCUCAUUGCCAUGAUGGCUCAGAUGAGAUUGGCUGUCCAACGAUAGCUGCUCCAACAUCCCAAACUGCGCCCCUGAAGUGCCGUAUGGGUUCUAGACUGUGCAAGGAUGGGAGAGAGUGUGUCCUGCAUAGCCAUGUUUGUGAUGGAGAGGUGGACUGUAAGGAUGGAUCAGAUGAACAGGACUGUGAGCUCCUCUGCGAAGCAGGUCAGUUCCAGUGUGCUCAUGGGAAGAAGUGUAUCGACCAGCAGCAGAUGUGUGAUGGGAAGGCACAGUGCCAGGACCGUUCUGAUGAAAUGGACUGCUUCAAGCCCACCAAGAGCUGCAGUCAUCGCUGUGACAACAAUAGCCGCUGUAUCCCAGAAAUCUUCCUCUGUGAUGGAGAGAGAGACUGUUCUGACGGCUCUGAUGAGGAAGGCUGUGAUUCUAACAAGGCCCUUCCUCCUGUCCUGCCAACUCUGGCUCAGACCUGUACUAGUCCAUCAGUGAGGUGUCGGGGCUCAACUUUGUGCAUCUCCCAAACUCAGCUGUGUGACACAUUGAAAGACUGCCCUGAUGGUUUUGAUGAGGAGUCCUGCAUUGCUAAAUGUCCAAACCGAGGUGAGUUCCGGUGUAAGGACAGGAGGAAAUGUAUUGAGAGGAGUCUGGUUUGUGAUGGACGCGCUCAUUGCCAUGAUGGCUCAGAUGAGAUUGGCUGUCCAACGAUAGCUGCUCCAACAUCCCAAACUGCGCCCCUGAAGUGCCCUAUGGGUUCUAGACUCUGCAAGGAUGGGAGAGAGUGUGUCCUGCACAGCCAUGUUUGUGAUGGAGAGGUGGACUGUAAGGAUGGAUCAGAUGAACAGGACUGUGAGCUCCUCUGCAAAGCAGGUCAGUUCCAGUGUGCUCAUGGGAAGAAGUGUAUCGACCAGCAGCAGGUGUGUGAUGGGAAGGCCCAGUGCCAGGACCGUUCUGAUGAAAUGGACUGCUUCAAGCCCACCAAGAGCUGCAGUCAUCGCUGUGACAACAAUGGCCGCUGUAUCCCAGAAACCUUCAUUUGUGAUGGAGAGAGAGACUGUGUGGACGGCUCUGAUGAGGAAGACUGUGUGGCAAUUAUUUGUGGCCAGCAGCAGUAUCAGUGCAGUAAUGGUCAGUGUGUGUCUGAGGCUCUCCGUUGUGACGGCCAUGCUGACUGCGGAGACCAUUCUGACGAGGUGGGCUGUGCCAAACCCCCCCACUGUCCCCCGGACCUCCGCUGCCCAAACAGCCACGAAUGUCUUGUGGAGGAAUGGCUGUGUGAUGGGGAACAGGACUGCCUUGACGGUUCAGACGAGAUGAACUGUAAGGUGUCUCCAGUGACGUGUGGGGAGUUCCAGUGGAGCUGUGUCUCUAAUACCCAGUGUAUCCCUGCAACCUGGAGGUGUGAUGGACAGAAGGACUGUGAGGACUACAGUGACGAGGCCGGAUGUGACCAGUUGAAGUGCUCCAACCAGCUUUACCAGUGUGGUAGUGGAGAGUGUGUGGACCAUUCCCUGCUGUGUGACCACAUCAUCAACUGUCCUGAUGGAUCUGAUGAGGGGCACGGUUGUUCCACCAGUAACUGCUCCAGCCCUGGGACCCCCCAAUGUGACCAGCACUGUGUCAGCACCCCUUACGGACCGAGGUGCAUCUGUGCUGCAGGCUUCCGGCUCCAGGCUAACGGUUUGUCCUGUGUGGAUGUUGACGAGUGUAAGGAGGUCCUACCACCUGUCUGCAGCCACACCUGCCUUAACACCCACAGCUCCUUCCUGUGUCGCUGUCACCAUGGAUAUCUGCUGGAACCAAAUGGUCACAGCUGCAAGACCCAAGAUGAGGCUCACCUGCUGGCAUCUGUUCAGAAUGAGCUGCUGGUGUUGGGGUUGCAUAGCUCCAGCCUUUCAUUGCUCUCCACUAGUCAGACACCUGUGUUCUGUGUGGAUUAUGACUGGAGAGACCAGAGGGUAUACUGGGUCAGUCUGGAGGAGGAGAGCAUCAAGUGGACUUCCAUCAACACCAAGGACACAGGCACUCUGGUCAAAGGUGUGAAGUCUGAGUCUAUAGCUGUGGACUGGGUUGGCAGGAACCUGUACUGGCUGGAUGGGCUGGCCAGUCAGAUUCUGGCUGUGAGGCUGGGCACAUCUACAGUAAAGUCUCACAACUACAUAGUGGUUCUGGAUGAGGAUCUGGAGCAGCCUCGCUCACUACUGCUGCUGCCACACAAAGGGUUGAUGUAUUGGUCAGAGGUUGGUAGCAAUCCCCAGAUAGAGCGGUCAGGGAUGGAUGGCUCUGAGAGGAAGGUGGUGUUGACUCGUGGUCUCGGCUGGCCAGUCAGUCUCUCUGUGGACACUCUCACUGACCGAAUCUACUGGGCAGAUGAAAAACUGCAGUGCAUCGGCUCUGUAUCCCUGGAAGGACACAAUGUCAGGCUUCUGCAGCUGACUGAAAUGCCCAGUCCAUUCUCUGUAAUGGUUUUCAAUGACAUGGUAUACUGGUCUGACACCAAGAGGAGAACUAUUCAAGUAUCCCACAAGAACACGGGCAAGAACCGCAAAGUUUUACUCAAAAGACCUGGACAGCCUUUUGGCAUCAGGAUUAUGCACCCCAUCCGGCAGACCAACGUGUCCAGCCCCUGUGAGAAGCUCCAGUGUUCCCACAUCUGUCUCUUGGCUCCAGGACUGUCUACAGGCCCCAGAACUGGGUCUACGGGACCCAAAGCUGUGUGUAGAUGUGCAGCAGGGCUUCUCCUGGCUGGGGACGGCCUCACCUGCUCCACCCUUGUAGACACCACCUUCCUCUUACUCCUCUCUCCUACUGCAGUUACACAGAUAUACCUUAGCACCAUCCAUGAUGGUGUGGGGUUGAAGCGGUUGCCUGAGCACCAUAUAUGGUCUCUGCCGUGGGCGCACCAGGCCUCGUGGCUGGAUUUGGCUGUACAGGAGAGGAAUUUAUACCUGGCUGAUGCUGCCCAGGGCUCAGUCGAUCUCCUGAAACUGAGUAGCUCAGGCCUGACACCAGACAGCAGAGUCCUGAAUCUCCAGGAUGAUACAGUGAUGGCUCUGGCUGUGGACUGGGUCACACUUAACUUGUACUGGAGCAGCAGGAAGCAGCCUGACCUACAUGUCACCACCACCAGGGGGCAGCACACUGCACCUCUACUCCAACUAGGCCUUCAGGGAACCACCUCCAUUGCCUUGCACCCCCCCACAGGACGCCUGUGCUUCACGGUCUUGGGCCGGGUGAAUGUGAGGAGCCUGCCGCAGGUGGACUGUGCCUUCAUGGAUGGACGUAGUCAGAAGCUGCUCUGGAGGAAGGCUGUGAUGCCAACCUCCCUUCUGUUCUCCAACAAGGGCACUCGGCUGUAUUGGGCUGACAUAGGUGCUGGAGUAAUCGACUCCAUUCUUCUGGAUGGUUCUGGAUAUAAACAGUUUAAAGCAGAUCCCGGCCUCAUGUCCUUCACACUGGCUGAGAACGUCCUCCUGUGGAGCAGCCUGGAUAAAGAUGUGACUAGAAUCUGGUUCAGUGAUGGAUUUCAGCCCAAGCAGCUGUGGUUUGAGGUCAAUACCAAUGUAGUGGCACUGAGGGUUUACAGCAAGACCAGUCAGAAAGGAACUAACAGCUGCUCAGAGCGGAACGGAGGCUGCAGUCAGCUGUGCCUGGCCUACCCAGGGGGGCGUAGCUGCCGAUGUGGACGUGGUUACCAACCUGUCGACACCAACACGUGUAGCCCCGUCCCCCCCCUCCAGUGUCCAGAGGGCAGCAGGGCCUGUAGCGACGGCAGCAGGUGCCUCCCCCUCACAAAGUUCUGUAACCACCAAACCGACUGCCUCGACCAUUCAGACGAGAUCAAAUGCUGGUCUGGAGUGAAGCCCCAAGAUGUCAGCCAUAGUAAACCUUCCCCGGGGCAUGCUGGGAACACCGUCCCCCCUAGCCAGGACUGGUCUGGGAGGACCACCCCCGGGGGGGUAGAUGUGCAGAAGCUGGACUCUGAGUCAUGUGAUGCCCAGCAAUGUAAUGGACAUGGGAAAUGUGUGACAAGGGGUGGAGAAACCACCUGCCAGUGUGUUCUGGGAUACCAUGGUGUGUUCUGUGAGGAGGGUGAGGGUCCAGGGGUCAGUAAUGCCCCCCUCACUUUGGGCAUCCUCAGCCUCAUUGGUGGGGUCCUCAUCGCUGCUGUCAUCAUCAGGAAGAGCAGAGCAAGAGCUGCAGCUCGGGGCCAGUCCACAGACAAGGAGACUCUGAUGACCAAUAUGGAUGAACAGACAGUCUACGCUGAGUCUUUCAACAACGAUCUGUAUGAUCCUGACCAGGAAUUGAUCUCGUCUGCUGAUGGGACAUCUCAACAUCUGUAAAUGUUGUCUUUUCUCUUCUGCUCUGAAAUAAAGUCUAAGAUGUUAAACCUCA